CUUUCUUUUUCCCUUUCGCCGAGCUACACCGAUCGCGGCCGAUUCCAGCCGAGCUCUAGGUUGCCGUUGAUGGAUCGUCGUCGUCUACACCGUCGUCUACAGGAAGUCGCGUACGCCAUCGCAUCGAUCGCGUUGUCGAGCUCCACUUCGUGCUUCGUCCGAAAUUUGUCUGCUGAUCAAACGUCUGCUGAUCUGACGAUCUCGAAAUUUCCCCGAUCUUCACUUUCCCGUUCUUCCGUUCACCGAAGUGUUCUCCGUUCUCCACAUGACCGCGAGUACUCCAAUAUUUCUCCGGACGCUACGUGAAGAAACGCACUACCUGCACCGCUUUCUUCUGCUCAGCAAUACGACAUGGACAUUGCGCCUUUCAUCGCGUAGACAGUGCGCGAUUUUUAUCCUCCACGAGAACGAUAGAUUGUGAAUCAUUGAAAUAUCGGCGCGAAUAUAUCGGGACUCGGUUGAGAGGAGUCGCCUCGCACUUCCGGUCGACCGUGUGAACGACGCGACCGCUAGCACCCCACGGGAACUUCGCGGUAGCGAACUAGCGGUUCCAAAGAAUUCCCCCGAAGACGACGACAGGCGGUCGUGUGUUAUUCUCAUAUACUCAGAUACUAAGAAGGCACGCGGAGGACGCGUUCGACGCGAAUACAUCAAGAUCGGGAAAACGCAGUGGACACGGAUCGAAAAACGAACUCGGAUACCCGCGGUUCGCCCUGGCGAACGGACGCACAAACGAUGUUGAUACUUCCAGACAUAAAGCUUCAGGGUUCGGAUCCGAGGGUAGCGACCUGCAGAGGAAAGCUGCAGAACAAGCGAAGUAAGCUCAAUCAAGAGAUCAACAAGGAGCUACGGUUGCGAGCGGGCGCUGAGAAUCUUUUUAAGGCAACGACCAACAGAAAAUUGAAAGAGACCGUCGCAUUGGAAUUAAGCUUUGUCAACUCGAAUCUACAGUUGUUGAAGGAACAGCUUGCUGAAUUGAACAGUUCAGUGGAACUGUAUCAGAAUGUCGAUAGCACUGAGCCCGUUAUGCCGAUGAUACCAUUGGGACUCAAAGAGACCAAAGACAUCGACUUUCGGGAUCCGUUCAAAGACUUCAUCUUGGAGCAUUAUAGCGAAGAUGGGGAAAACUAUGAAGAAGCUAUAGCUGACUUGAUGGAAACCAGACAGGCUACAAGGACACCGACCAGAGAUUCAGCAGGCAUCGCGUUACUCCUGCGUUAUUAUAAUCAGCUUUAUUUCAUAGAGAGACGUUUCUUUCCACCUGACAGAAGCCUUGGCAUCUAUUUUGAAUGGUUCGAUUCGUUGACAGGUGUACCGAGUUGUCAACGAACAGUUGCUUUCGAGAAGGCGUCCAUUCUUUUUAAUGCCGGCGCGCUUUAUACGCAACUGGCUGCCAAACAGGAUCGUCUAACCGCUCGAGGACUCGACCAAGCAGUCGACGCUUUUCUCAGAGCGGCUGGCACCUUUCGGUAUAUCCAUGAGAAUUUCACAAAUGCACCAAGUAUGGAUUUGGGCCCAGAUAUGUUGGAGAUGCUGGUACAGUUGAUGCUUGCUCAGGCAAGGGAGUGUCUCUUUGAAAAAUUGGAGCUUCAAUCGAAGGACAGCAGAAGCAUCGAUGUUUGUUUAGAUCUUGCUCAAGAGGCAGCUCAGGUUGCGGUGAUAUACAAUGACGUCCACGGAUUGAUAUCACGCGAGCCAGUUCGUGACUACGUCCCGGAGACGUGGAUCUCGUUAAUACUAGUGAAGCGCGAACACCAUCUUGCCCUCGCUCACAAGCAUAUCGCUGUUGGUCUGCUGGACAGACCAAUCGCAGAAUUUCGCGUGGAAACAAAGCUCACGUUGGAGCAUAUCCAAAAGAGCGAUGGGAAAACUCAAUUGGACGCAACUAUUCCCAGAGAUGACAACGAAAGGAAAUUAUUAGGCAAAGCACAUCUCAGAGAAGCUCUUGUUUUGCAUGACGAGAGUCAACGACUCCAGAGAAUGUGCCGCGAGCUGAAAGGUAAACAAGCUCUAGCGAAGGUUCUGAAGAAAGCUCAAGAAGCAACGCUUGAAAGUUAUAAUAGGUUUGGUAAUGAGGAUGAUUUUCGAGAACUUUUGGAUCCACCGGAUAUUAUCGCCUCGACAAAAUUUCAACUUAGUAUCACUCAUCCCGAUUUUGGGCAGCACGGAGUGGAUGAUCUUUUCAAGUCGUUGGGACCUGUAGCGAUAUUUUCCGCCAAACGACAUUGGACCGCGCCGCGAUUGGUACAACUUCAAAGAGGCCCUGAUGGCGAAGGUUUCGGAUUUAGUGUACGCGGUGAUGCUCCGGUGAUAGUAGCAGCCGUCGAUCAUAAUUCGCUAGCGGAUGUGGGUGGAAUGAAGGAAGGUGAUUUCAUAGUCGGUAUCGGCGAUAAAGACGUCAAGUGGGCGUCUCACGAGCAAGUAGUACGGAUGAUAAAACAAUGCGGUGACUUUAUAAAUUUGAAAUUAGUCACCCCAAUGGAUAGGAAUUAUCUAAAGAAACCAGGAAAACCUAACAACCAUCACGAUAAGGGCAGCGUCUCGGCAAGCAGCUCUUCUGGAGUUUCUUCCGGUCAACCGAGCCCGGCGGGAUCCGUCACUACAGCGCACGUAGUCAGAAGGCUUCCGUGGAAUCCAUUUAAAAAAUCUAGCAUCCAACGCGAGAACAGAGAUCUAACCUUCGACAAUGUUAUUCUCAGAUGAUUAUCGGAUUAGAGACGAUCCGGUCUGGUCCGGUCCAAUUAUUGUACAUUAUCAUAUGAGCUUAGAACAUACUGCGAUGAAUUGAUCGAAAUAAAACUCGAUCAAAAUUCACCGAUUGCCAAAAUUAAAUGUUCUUUGGUAUAAAUAACAAUCCACUAUGCGAAAAUUUCAUACCAAUAUCGAUAAUAUUCCAUGUUUGUAAACACAAUAAAUAUGUUUAUGUAUAAGAGGCUUUCUACAAUAAACAAUUACUUAAGGUUUAAGUCUUAAGCCGUAAGAAAUUGACCAAUCAUACUCAAUUACGAUCAUGUUAUUUGGCUUAUUGUAGAAAACUUCUAACAUUGAUGUUGCAAUUAAUUCAUUGCGCGAGUAAUAAUUGAAAUUGUUUAUAUAUCGCUAAAUAUAUCAGAAGCAUUCAGAAUUUUUCUGUUUGUGGUUAGCAAAGUUUUAUCU